AUGAGUGAUUCAUUUGCUGAACAAUUAUCUAAUGUAAAAUUAAAAUCAAGUAAAAAUAAAACAAAAGAUUUCAGUGAUCCAAAACUAGCAGGUUUUAUCACUAAAGAUCAAAUAAGUGCAUAUCAAAAAACUGCUUUGGAGGCUAAUAUGGAAGAAUGGCAAAUGUUACUUGCUGAUGAAACAUUUCCAACUAUUUAUUGUCCAAUAACAUAUUCGGAUGCUAAACAUUUCAUACGAAUAUUCGAACGUUAUUUUCAAAAGUUACAUGAACAUCAAUUAUUUGAUCAAAUAAGAGCACAAAUGCAUACUUGCUUUGAUGACGAUCAAGAAGAAAAACAAUGGUAUGAACAAAUAAAAGAGCGUCUUCAAAAAACUAUUGAUCAAGCGUUUCCCGAUACAAAGAAUUUUUUUGCUAAAACAUCAUCACGAAGUGCAAAAGAUACUUGCAUAUUUAAAGAAGAUUUUCUUCAAAUAUACAGACGUGAAUUAUCUAAAUUUCCAGAUCCAUUACAAGAAAAUUCACGUAUUACUGCACUUCUCACAGCUGCUUUUUUAUCAUUGUGUGUUACAUCUGCUGCUGAUGUUCUAUCAAUGUUUAUCAUUAGUGAACGUAUCUAUCAAGAUAUGUUAUUAGCUACAGAAGCACAAAAUACUGCUGACUCUUUAUUCAAGGAAAAUAUAAUUCUUCGUCCAUUCAUUCCCAUUGAUGUUGAUAUGGAAUUUCGUGGUUUUGUUUUUCAACGACGUUUAACUUGCAUAUCACAAUAUAAUUAUUUAAUUUAUUCUCAACGUUUAUGUGAAUGGAAAGAUAAUAUCCUUGAAAAAAUUCUUUCUUUUUUUAAUGAUAUUGUACGAAUUAAAUUGAAUCAGUAUAAAUCAAAUAGUUAUGUCAUCGAUUUUGCAUUGGCAAAAGGUGAUGAUGAAAGUGUCAACUCAAUGAAAGUUUGGGUCAUUGAACUUAAUCCAUUCAUGGAAACAACUGACGGAGCUUUAUUCAGUUGGCAACACGAACGAGAUGUGUUAGAAGGACAGGCAAAUGAAAAUAAAGAUAAAACUCUUUUUCGUAUAACUGAAAGAGUGCGUCCAGGUUCUUGGACCAUGUUACCAAUUUCAAUUCGACAAUGGAUAAAAGAUGAAAGUGGUUUAUAA